CGGUUUGAAAUCUCGGCGCCCACUGAGCGGGCCAGCAGGUCCCGGGCUGGGGUUUGGCCGGUGGGUGAGCAGCGGGUCGGGACGCGGGAGAGGGGCCCUGGGCACCUUGCCCUGGUUUGCGAGUGAGGCCAGGCCUUCCGAAGCUUGCUGGGAUACUUCUGUGGCAGGCUCCCCGGGGUCCAAAUCCGGGGCUAGCCCAGCCUUAUGCCAUCUUUUGGGUGUUUGAGCCCAGAUGAGUCAUGGCUGGACAACCCCUCUGCAUAGGAGAUCAGCUGGUUCUGGAGGAAGAUUAUGAUGAGACCUACAUUCCUAGUGAGCAAGGUAACAGAAAUUCUUGAAUUUGCCCGGGAGAUUGGUAUUGAUCCCAUCAAGGAACCAGAACUGAUGUGGCUGGCACGGGAGGGCAUUGUGGCCCCACUGCCUGUGGAGUGGAAACCAUGCCAGCACGUCACAGGUGACAUUUACUAUUUCAACUUUGCCAACGGGCAGUCUAUGUGGGACCAUCCAUGUGACGAGCACUAUCGGAACUUGGUGAUCCAAGAGCGGGCAAAGCUGUCAACCUCUGGGGCCAUUAAGAAGAAAGAGAAGAGAAAGAAAAAGGAAAAGAAAGACAAGAAGGACAAAGAGACCCCUAAAAGUUCCCUGGAAACACAGCCUGAGGAGGGACUUCUGCCUCCUUCCUCCUUUCUCUGCAGACCAUCCCCUCUGUCAGCACAUGGGCUUACUGAUUUGGACCUAGAUCAAGAUACUCAGGCUAGAAGCAAGGGCUCCUGUAACAAAGGAAAGAGCCUGGGCAUGCUGGGCGACACCCCCUGGCCUCUCAUGGGUGCCUUACCCAGAAGGCUGCAGUCACUCUCCAAAGGCCAAGCUUCCCGAACCCACCAGGUCUUUGCCAACAUGGAGAAAGUCUUAGGCAGGGCCCCAGCCCAGUGCAGGAGAGAAUUAGGUGAUCAGCAGGGUCUGGAGAAACUCCAGAAUUCAACAGAGAAAAUCUACCUGGGGUUUUCAGACCCCAAAACCGAAGAGCUGGAAAUGAGGAGCAGACAGCAGAAACUGGACACUCCAGCCCCUCAGAACACUGGGCUUCUCCAAAAUUCGCAGGAUGUGGUAGAAAGCAGGAGCCAAGCCCCUGUCCACUCAGAGCUUUCCGAAGCCAUCAAGGGCCUGUCACUGCAAGGGAAGCAGCACAGCCACAGCUUAGCCAAACUGAGCUUCACUGGCCCUGGAGGGGACAAGGGCCAAAGCCCCAUUCCCAUGUCAUCCCCUGAGGAGGAGCCCUUCCUGUCAUCUGGGUCUUCCGAACACAUGUUGCCUGCUAGGAAGAGCAAGUUGUUGUUAGAUAGCAGCCCUGCUGAAGACCUGAGCUGGCAGGGAGUUUCUGGGGAAGGUGGGAGCGUAGGCAGUGGGAGGAGGAGAAGAGAACCUCCUGGACUGUGGAUGGGACAGGUCUCUAAGCUUGUCAAUAAAGACAUCCCAGGAAGCUGCAAGGAAACAGAGCCCAGUGACCCUGAGGCUCUAGGGACCUUAGCUGAAGAUCUACCUCAGGGGCUCUUGCUAAUACCACCUGAGACCCUGGUAUCAGAACCAGCUCAGAAUGCCAUUUCAGGGAGGGCCCCUGGGGAGCCUCCUGCUGGUGAGAAGAGACAGCCCCCAGGGUCUGCAGAGCUCCCUUGUAAAGAUCAGAAGCCUAGUGUGUCUGGGCCUGACUUGGAGAACAGCAGCAGCAGCAGUAGCAACCUGGUCUCACACCUGGGCUCUCCCAUCCUGCAUGAGGUGAACAACUUCCGUUGGGACUGGCAGAGCUCACCGCGAUCUGAGAAGGGUGUGGGUCAGUCAGACUCGGGACUCAGAGAUCAACACUUCAGCCCCUUCUUAGUUCCUCACGUGUCCCACAUGCAGAGCUCUGUUGAGGAGCAAUCAGAAAGUGAAGACUGCUCUGAGGACCAGAGGUUCUACCAGCAUAUCCUGCAGAUAGUUAAGCUCUCCAGGCGGCUGGAGGGCCUGGAGCUGCCUGAGAGCAUGCAGGACGUGCCGUACAGACACAGCACCGGCACAGUCUGUUGCAUGGCAGCUGAGUCUUCUAGGAUUCCUAGUGAGGGUGAGCACGAGGGCAUCAGAGCCAUGGAGAGGUUUCUGUCAUGGCAUCAGAGCCAUGGAGAGGAGCUGCUGGAAUAUCCUCAGGAGGUGGCCCUUGCCCCUGCUGGGCAGGUGGCCUCUCAGCAAGCCCAUUUCCAGCCAAGCAGCAGCCCCCUCAAGCAGGGGCUAGUUCAGCAGAGCUCCAGCGGAGGGCUUGCUACAGAGCCAGGCAAGAUGCAGCGUCUCAACCAGGCCCUGGGUUCCUUGUUAGCCCCAGUUCAUGUUCCUCUUGGGGGACUGGCUCCUUUGCGAGGCCCUGUGGAUACCCCACCCUCUGCUCUUCGUGGAUCUCAAAGCGUGAGCCUGGGGAGCUCAGUGGAGUCUGGAUGUCAGUUUGGAGAACUUGUGCUACCUUCACAGGGUCUCAAGACUUCUGCUUCUACAAAGGGUCUCUUGGGUUCCAUACGUGAAGACAAGAAUGCUCUCAGCCUCUUGGCUUUAGGAGAAGAAACCAAUGAGGAGGAUGAGGAGGAAAGUGACAACCUGAGUGUCCACAGCUCAAGUGAGCCUCUUAAGAACCUACACCUGGACAUUGGGGCACUGGGGGGUGACUUUGAAUAUGAGGAGUCUCUCAGAACAAGCCAGCCAGAGAAGAGAGAUGUUUCUCUAGAUUCAGAUGCUGCUGGUCCCCCUACUCCCUGCCAGCCCUCCAGCCCGGGUGCAGACAGCAGUCUGAGCAGUGCUGAUGGCAAAGGGCGACAGGGAAGUGGGGCAAGACCUGGGUUUCCAGAAAAAGAGGAAAAUGAGAAGAGUGAACCUGAGGCUUCCAGGAAUCUGGUGACCCCUAAGGUGGACCCUACAGGCGAUGAGCCUGCCAAGGCCUCUGAAAAGGAGGCACCAGAGGACACAGUAGAUGCAGGAGAGGAGGGUUGCAGGAGGGAACAGGCAGCAAAGGAGCCAAAGAAGACAGCUUCUGCUCUGGAAGAGGGCAGUUCAUACGCCAGCAAAGAAUCAGAAAUUAGUGAACAUAUGAAGGAACCACAGCUCUCAGACUCCAUAGCUUCUGACCCCAAGUCCUUCCAUGGGCUGGACUUUGGUUCUCACACCCGGAUCUCGGAGCACCUGCUGGAUGUUGAUGUGCUUUCCCCUGUCCUGGAUGGAGCCCUUUGGCAGGCCCAGCAACAACUGGGAAUGGAAGACAAGGAUGACAGCCAGUCCAGCCAAGAUGAGCUGCAGAGCAAGCAGUCCAAAGGCUUGAAGAGUUCUAUUCCCACUCUUCAUAUGGAGGUUCCUGACUCUGCUGCUCUGACUGGCCUGACCAGGUUAUCUCUUCCACUUCUGCACGAGGAGCGGGCCCAGAGUCCCCCUUGCAGCCUGGCCACCCAAGAAGAGCCCCCCCAGGGCCCUGAGGGGCAGCCCGAGUGGAAGGAGGCAGAGGAGCCUGGGGAGGACUCUGUAGCCAGCCUCAGCCCGCUGCUCUCCCUCCAGAGGGAGCAGGCCCCAAGCCCACCUGCUGCCCAUGAGAAGGGCAAGGAGCAACACUCCCAGGCUGAGGAGCUGGGCCCUGGACAGGAAGAGGCAGAGGAGCCUGAGGAGAAGGUGGUGGUCAGUCCCACCCCGCCAGUCUCUCCAGAGGUGCGAUCCACAGAGCCUGUGGCACCCCCAGAGCAGCUCUCAGAGGCUGCUGUAAAGACUAUGGAAGAGGCAGUGGCCCAAGUACUCGAGCAAGACCAGAGGCACCUGCUGGAAUUGAAGCAAGAGAAGAUGGAGCAACUGCUGGAGAAGCUGUGCCAAGAAGAGGAAGAGGAUAUCCUCUGGCUUCACCAGCAGAAAGAGAAAUCUCUCAGUUCCUUAAAGGAGCAGCUGCAGAAAGCCACUGAGGAGGAGGAGGCCCGGAUGAGAGAGGAGGAAAGCCAGAGGCUAUCCUGGCUCCGAGCCCAGGUCCAGUCCAGUGCACAAGCAGAUGAGGACCACAUCAGGGCUGAGCAAGAGGCUUCCCUGCAGAAGCUGAGAGAAGAGCUGGAGUCUCAACAGCAGGCUGAGAGGGCCGCCUUGGAAGAGAAAAACAGGCAAAUGCUGGAGCGGCUCAAGGAAGAGAUGGAGGCUUUGGAGAAGAGUGAGCAGGCUGCUCUGAACACUGUAAAGGAGAAGGCUCUGCAGCAGCUGAGGGAGCAGCUGGAAGGAGAGAGGAAAGAAGCGGUGGCAAGGUUGGAGAAGGAGCACAGUGCUGAGCUGGAGCGGCUCUGCUCCUCAUUGGAGGCCAAGCACCAGGAGCCCCUGGGGAUGGAUGCCAGAUCCUCAGAAUGCAUCCCAGCACAGCAGCUGUAUAGUCUCUCUGAGGGUCACACUCCCCUGUGUGUGCGGGGGCCUCCUCAGGUGGUCUCUAGCCUCCAGAAGAAGAUAGAGGAAGCUCAACAGAAAGAGGAGACCCAGCUGCAGAAGUGCCUUGGGCAGGUGGAGCACAGAGUUCACCAGAAGGCUUAUCACAUGAUUGAGUAUGAGCAAGAGCUUAGCAGUCUUCUGCGAGAGAAGCGCCAGGAAGUGGAAGAGGAGCAUGAGAGGAGGCUGGACAAGAUGAAGGAGGAGCACCACCAAGUGAUGGCUAAGGCCAGAGAGCAGUAUGAAGCUGAGGAGAGAAAGCUGCGGGCUGAGCUCCUGGGGCACCUGACGGGAGAGCUGGAGCGCCUGCAGAGGGCCCAUGAGCGAGAAUUGGAGACCGUGAGGCAGGAGCAACACAACCGUCUUGAGGACUUGCGGCGCCGGCACAGGGAGCAGGAAAGGAAGCUCCACGAUUUAGAGAUGGAACUUGAAACCAGAGCUAAAGAUGUCAAGGCCAGAUUGGCUCAGCUGGAGGUCCAGGAGGAGACCGCCCGGAGGGACAAGCAGCAGCUGCUUGAUGUACAGAGGCAGGUUGCUCUCAAGAGUGAGGAAGCCACAGCCACCCAUCAGCACCUGGAGGAGGCACAGAAGGAGCACACCCACCUGUUGCAGUUAAACCAGCAGCUCCGGAAAAUUCUCGAUGAGCUGCAGGCCUGCAAGUUGGAGCUGGAGUCCCAAGUAGAUCUGCUGCAGGCCCAGAGCCAGCAACUGCAGAAACACAUCAGCAGUCUGGAGGCUGAAGCUCAGAAGAAGCAGCACCUGUUGAGAGAGGUGACAGUUGAGGAAAGUAAUGCUGCUCCACAGUUUGAGCCAGAUCUCCACAUUGAGGACCUGAGAAAGUCCCUUGGGACAAACCAGGCCAAAGAGGUGUCUUCUUCUUUCUCCCAGAGCAAGGAGGACUUACACUUGGACAGCCUAUCCUCCCACAAUGUCCUGCACUACCUCUCUGCUGAGGGGGUAGCCCUCCGUAGUGCCAAGGAAUUCCUGGUGCAGCAGACACGCUCCAUGCGGAGGCGGCAGACAGCUCUGAAAGCUGCCCAGCAGCAUUGGCGCCGUGAGCUGGCCAGUGCGCAGGAGGUGGCCAAAGACCCCCCAGACAUCAAGGCCCUGGAAGAUAUGCACAAGAACCUGGAGAAGGAGACCAGGCGCCUGGAUGAGAUGAAGUCAGCCAUGCGAAAAGGCCACAACCUACUGAAGAAGAAAGAGGAGACGCUGAAUCAGCUGGAGUCUUCUCUUUGGGAAGAGGCCUCAGAUGAGGGCAGUCUGGGAGGAGCCCCCACCAAGAAGGCAGUAACCUUCGACCUCAGUGACAUGGACAGCCUGAGCAGUGAAAGUUCCGAAUCUUGUUCCCUGCCUCACAUCGCCUCAACCCCGACUCUCGCCUUCCACAAUAUCCAUGAGUUGAGCCACUCCCUCCGGCAGAUCAGCAGCCAGCUGAGCAGCGUCCUUAGCAUCGUGGACAGCCUCAACUCUCAGUCACCGCCACCACUCCUCACCUCCACGCAAGCCCACCUCCCUCCCCGGGCCUCCAAGAGCACCCCCACCACCACCUACUAUGGCUCCCUGGCCAGGUUCUCAGCCUCAUCGUCCGCUACGCCUACGUCCACCCAAUGGGCCUGGGAUUCAGGGCCGGGUCCCAGUAUCCCCUCCUCUGUGGCCCAAACAGUGGAUGACUUCCUGUUGGAGAAAUGGCGCAAGUAUUUUCCAUCUGGCAUCCCGCUGCUCAGCAAUGGCCCUGGCCCGCUGGAGAACAGGCUGGGUUACGUGUCUGCCAGUGAGCAGCUCCGGCUCCUACAGCACUCCCAUUCCCAAGUCCCUGAGGUGGGCAGCACCACCUUUCAGGGCAUAAUUGAGGCCAACCGGAGGUGGCUGGACCAUGUCAAGAAUGACCCCAAGUUACAUCUCUUCUCUUCAGCGCCCAAGCCAACAGCUACUUUGAGUCUUGUGCAGCUGGGCCUGGAUGAACACAACAGAGUGAAGGUGUUCCGCUGCUGAGGCCCUGAGCAGGGGAUUGGGGCAGCCUGGCCUCUCGUCCACCCAGACCAAGUGCCUGAGAAGCUGCCUGUGUUCUUCCAUCUGAGAAAGCACUCUCCUGCCCGCUUUGCUACUUGCCCCACUUGGGACUUGCAGGAGCCACCAGCGACCAGGGGGUUGAGUGGAACAGUAAAGCUAUACACUCUAUAACCACGUAACCUAUCUUGGGCUGAAAUGUGUGGACUUGUACGAGCUCCUAUAUUGACAUGGGAAGCUGAUGGUGUGCGGUGGCUGCGGGGCAUCAGGGCUGGGAGCCCUUUGGGAGGAAGGGAGGUGUUAGAGGAGCUGCCUUCGAGGCUCAGGGAGUGCCUUUGGAGCUGGUUGGUUCCUUGGCCUGCAGCGCACUGCUGGUGGCUCCCAGGAAGGUUGUGUGUACGAUUCUUAGUUCAUCAGUAUAAAACCGCCCAGCAUGUGUGUUCCCUGGGACCCGGUUUCUCUGGCCCCACAUCUAUCUAUAAUACCUCAACCUCGGAGCAGACCCUUUCUUUUUUUUUCUUUCUUUUCUCUCUUAAUUUUUAAUGUCUCCUUUCUUGAGCAUUCCGUCUCUUCUUGACUCUCUCAGGAUUGGGCUCAGCUGUCUAGAGCCCUGCUGGAGGGUGCUGGGGGCUGUCCCUCUGCAGGCACUAUGCUUUCCUCAGGGCCUAUUUUCAGGAGCACGCCUCCUGCUCCCUGGAGCCAUCCCAGCUAGAGUCUCGGGUCUCAAACACAGCUUCUCCAGGAGGCCACAAAAGACUGGGAUGGCCUCUGGUCCUCGUGACAGUUUUUAUCUUCCUAGGAUAUGCUGAGUAUAUUCACAGGUGUUGUUUCCAUCAUCUUUUCUACCUGUGCCAUCCCUGCCCUGAUUCCAUGGCUGCUUCUUCUCAGGGAAGCAGGCAAGCAAGGGGUUAGGUUGGUGCCCGGCCCUGGCAGUGAGGGGUUUUGUGCAGUUGGAGAUAGGGCAGCAGAACGGCCUGCAGCCCUGCUUCCUGUCAGUGGGCUCUUGGGUGGGGGAUUUGCAGGGGAUGUUCUCUGACGUUUGUCCCAUUGUUUAAAUAAAAUGCACCUAUAUUUGUUUUUUUGGAAAA